UACUGGUACUCUACUUGUAACUCGGACCCGAUCUUAAUGCACGCAUAGAGAAACAGAGAGACGCAUAGACAGAGUCAGAGAGAUGGGUCGCAAGCUCCGCGGCCUCGUCGGCGCGCUCAAGGACACCGCCUCCUUCGCCGCCGCCGCCGCUGCAACCCUCUCCCCUUCCUCCGCUGCCCAGAUCGCUGUCCUUCGCGCCACGCCUCACCAGCCCGCCGACGAGCCCCCCCGCCCCCGCCACAUCCGCGCGCUCCUCUCCUUCGGACACGGCUCCCGUCUCUCCGCCGCGUCCGCCGUCGGCGCCCUCACCGACCGCCUCCGCUCCACCCGCGACCCCGCCGUCGCCCUCAAGUGCCUCCUCGCCCUCCACCACGUCUUCACUCGCGGCGCCUUCAUCCUCCGCGACCAACUCCCCAUCGCCCUCCUCCGCCACCCAACCUCCGGCCGCAACCCACUCGCCCUCUCUGCCUUCCCCCUCGGAUCCUCCCCCGCUUCGUUCGCCCUAGCCUCCUGGGUCCGAUGGUACGCUCGCCUCCUCGAGCUCCUGGUCUCCGCCUCCCUCCUCCUCGCCCCCUUCCACCCUAACCCUAAUCCAGGCGACGACCGCGUCACCACGCUCCUCGACGGCGACCUAAUCUCCGAGCUCGACUUGCUCGUGGAGAUCGUCGAAGUGAUGAGCCGCGCCCCGGAGAUGGCCGUCGUCGAGGGGAACAAUCUCGUCGGCGAGGCGGUGAGGUUGAUAGAGGCGGAUCGGAUCGCCGCGGAGCACGAGAUCGAGAUCCGAGUCCGGGAGAUGAGGGAGCGGACGACUUCGCUCGGCUUCGCCGAUUCGGUGGAGCUGGUCUGCGUGCUGAGGCGACUCGAGGAGACGAGGCACCGGCCGUGGGAUCGGAAGCCGACGAUCGGAGACUGGUUCUGGACCGGCGUGCGUCACCUGUCGGAGCAGGCGGAGGCGGCGGCACUGCGGGAUGAGGAGGAGGAGAAGAGGAGGUUCCGGCGAGAUAAGGUAAGCGAGUCGGCUCGGAUCGGGGGGCGCGUCGCCGACGAGUCGACUCAGCUGGUGCAUUUCGGAUCGAGACGGUGGUUCAACCAUUGAUCAAGUGGAUGUGGAUCUUCUCCAAUGUUGCUUUUAAAGUUGUCAUCUAUAAAAUUCUAUAAUAUGUGGGGUUUUGUAUUAUUUUUUUUUUAUGUUUUUGAAAUGGACUUCACUUUCUCCUUUUUGAUUUCUUA